AUGCGUCAUGAUCAUUUACUUAUUAUGGCAUUUGUUUCAUCUCAGGUGUGUCUCCAGGAGAUUCUCGUAGAGAUUGACGAGGACAAUUGUCUGCCCGAGACUACGAGAGAUGUUAUUCUUGACCUCUACGAGAACAUGCAGGAGCUCACGCCCUCAUUCUCUCCUUCCCCCGCCCUGACCCAGCAGCCUCGGGUCAACUCUCACUCCUCGGGCCCUGACGAGGCUCCAGUUCCUGCCGCAGACGAGAAAAAGGUGACCAGUGCAGACUCUGCUGGCCGUGGAGGCCCCGGCUACGGCUCCAGCAGCGGUGAGGGAAGUAUCAUCAUCACGGGACCGGAUCAGACUCCCGAAACAAAGGCAAGCUCCGAGGGGAGAAGCAGCGCAGGGAUUCAGAGAGAGCGCAGCCACGGGGCCAGCACCGAGUCGGAGGGUCUGGCAGCCGUGUCCAACCUCCACCACCUCCUGCAGCUGAUCGAGGCGGUGCGGAGGAACUCUUGUUACCUGCAGCUGACCAUGGCCCAGGCGGCGUCUUUGCUCACCUUCGAGGCGGUGAGAGUGUUCAGCAGUGUCAUUCCCUCCGAGCCUCAGCUCAGGAGGAGAAUCAACGGCGUCAUCAAGAAGUACUUCGAGGAGGUGGAGCGAGUCGCCUGGUGGCCCGGCCUGACGGAGGAAGGAAAGAGGACCAUGACGCACUUCAGGGAGUACAGCGAGGCCCUCAGGAACAUGCAGUACCCCGAGGGCCUGCCAGCCAUCAUGUUCACGCAGGCGCACUACGAGGCGCUGCUCAAGCUGGUGCUGACGCUGGAGACGGUGAGCGGGCACGCCGUGGUGACGGGGCCGCCGGGCGUGGGCAAGAUGUCCCUGGCGCGCCUGGCAGCCUUCAACACCCGCGCCAGAGUGUACUUUCUGGACGACCAGCGGGAGGAGGCGGGGCGGGUGGCGGCCAUCAGGGCGGCGGUGCAGGCGUCGGGGGUCGGGGGACGCCGCACCGUCAUCCUGCUGCGGCAACACGCCCUCACGCCCGCGCUGCUCGACGUGCUGCACGGCCUCGCCCACACUGGCUGGAGCGAGGGCCUGUGGGAUGCUCUGAGGGUGCGGGGGAUGCUGGAAGGCAUCAGGCAGAAGAGCAGCAAGAGUCCUCGGCCUCAGGAGAAUCGUUGGGUGACGUACCUUGAGGAGGAGGAGCUGGCGGCCCUCAAACACCGGCUCGUCACCAACAUCAGGAGGAACCUUCACAUCAUUCUCGUCACACACUCCAGUCAGGCGACCGAGGACUGGUGUCGCCGCUACCCGCCGCUACGCAGCCGCUGGGUGUGGGUGCGACUGGAUGACUGGGCCAGCGACACCCUGCGAGAGGUGGCCAGACGGAUCCUCAUACCGGCCGAACUGCCGCCCCACAUCAUGCACCAGCUGCAGGCCGCCCUCCCAGCCGUGCACCAGCUACUGAAGAAGGAGGAAGGACUGACGGUGACGGUUGCUGAAUUCGUGGAGGCGUGUCGAGUGACGGUGAAGCUGCUGGGCCGGCGCAGGACACAACUGAGGGACUCCCUAGCUCUGUUCAAGGGCGGGAUGGACAAACUGCAAGAGACGAGUGGGAACGUAGAGGAGCUGAAGGAGGAGCUUUCAGAGUUGGAACCCGAGCUGAAGGCGACGCAGGAGGAGGGGCAGCGGCUCACCCACGCCCUGGCCCAGCAGAGGACACAAGUAUCGCAAAUCAGGGACCAAAUGGUGGCCCUGGAGGAGCGAGUCAAGGAGAAGUGCGAGGCGGUGGGUGCCCUGAACGAGGAGGUGACGCAGGAGGUGGGCGAGGCGGUGCCGGGAUUGGAGACGGCCGAGAAGGCGAUCCGAGCCCUCGACAAGAAAGAUCUGGUGGAGGUGCGCGUCCUCAACAAGCCGCCAGACCUCGUGCUGCUGGUGAUGGAGCCGAUCUGCAUCCUCACCAACACCAAGCUGGAGUGGGCGGCCAUGAAGACGCUGCUCGGGGACCCCAACAUGACCAAGCGGCUGCUCGAGGUGGAGAAGGACACCAUGAGCGACGCCACGCUCAGGAAGCUGAAGAAAUACACGGAGAGCCCCAAGUUCCUGCCCGACGAGGUGGGGAAGGUGUCCAAGCCGUGCCGGCCUCUCUGCGCUUGGCUCAAGGCGCUGGAACAUUACGCACAGGUAUUGAGGAACGUGGAGCCCAAGAAGAUGAGACUGAGUGAGCUGGAGCGAGAGCUGAGCACCAUCCAGCUGGAGCAGCGACAGUUGCAGCAGCAGCUUGGCCAGAACGAACGAGAACUGAGCGAGCUGCAGGCGCGCUACGAGGGCUGCGUGUGCCGGAGGCAGCAGCUGGAGGGCGGCAUCAAGCGGGCCUCGGCGCGGCUGCAGCGGUGCACGCGGCUCACCACCGUGCUGGCCGACGAGGACUCCCGCUGGUCCGCCAAGAUCAAGGUGUUGAUGGAGGAGGUGGAGAGCGUGUACGGGGAGUGUACCCUGGGCGGCGUGGCGGUGGCCUACCUGGCGUGCCUCCCGGCGCCUCGCAGGGCCGACCUCCUCCGCCAGACGCUGGCCAUCCUCACCGCCGGCUGCAUCGUCACGCCAAAGAAAUACGACCCACACUGCAGCCUGAUGGAGACGCUGAGCACCCCCGAGGUGAGGGAGGAGUGGAGCAAGGCUGACCUCUACCCGGACACCGCGUGCUUCCUGCAGGCCGCCUUCGUCAUCUCCGCCGUCAGGAGGACCCUCGUGUUCGACCCUGACUGCACGUGUGUGCGGUGGCUGCGGCGUCUACGGGAGAACAUUGCCGGGGGCGUGGCGGUGCUGCACGCUGGGGACGAGGCCCUGCCCGCGCGUGUCCUGGCCGCCGCCCGUGCCCGCCGCCCCGUGAUAGUGCUCCACACCCCCGCCACCCUCACCUACAACCUCCGGAAGGUGCUGGAGGUGCCGCCCGUUGUCCAGGCCGCCGACGGGGAGCGUGUGGAGGUGACCAUUGUGCUGGUGACGGGGAGCUCCGAGCCCAGGCUGCCGCCGGAGCUGUGCGUCCACCUCACCCGUGUGUCCUUCGCCCUGCCGCCCCUGGUGCUGGAAGAACGACUCCUGAAUGACGUCCUCAAGAUGGAGCGCGAGGACCUGUUCGAGCAGCGCGCCAACCUCAUGGCCAGCAUCUCGCGGGACCAGAAGGCGCUGACGGCCGUCGACGACAACAUCCUCACGAAGCUGACGCAGGCGGCCACGGCGCUACUGGACAACGAGGAGCUCCUGGCCGCCUUCUACGAGGCCAAGUCCACAUCUGCGGAGUUUCGGACGCGGCUGGCGGAGAGUCGGCGGACGCUGCAGAAGAUCGGCAACGUGAGGGACAAGUACCGCCCCGUGGCCACCCGCGCCCGCCUCCUCUUCUCCGCCAGCACCGCCCUCAGGAGGCUCAACCCGAACUACGUCUUCUCCCUCCAACACUUCCUCCACCUGUUCUCCGUGUGCAUCACCAGCGGGGACAGGACCGAGGCUCUCAGCUUUGACCAGCGCAUCGACUCCCUGGUGAAGACCGUGACCCAGCUGGUGGUGACGCACGUGAGCCGCGCCCUCUGCCCCUCCCACCGCCUCGCUUUCACCACCGGCCUCUGCGCCGCUGUCGCUGCUGAGCAGAUGACACUGAGGCUUCCCACCUGGAGAGCCAUCCUCGACCCCAGCCUCCACGACGAGGCCGCCCUGCUGAAGGCCGUGGUGGCUCAGGAAGGCGAGUUCGACGCCAUAGCCAGUGACCUGCUGCGGGGAGUCCGCCUCCACCUCAUCCUUCACGACUUGGUCACGGACGUGGGGCUGAGCGGGAGUCGCGGCGUGCCCGAGGCGCCGCGGGGGAGGAUCUCGGACUUCAACGCCCUCAUGUUGCUGCGGAUAGCAAAGCCUCGCCUGCUGGUGGCGGGUGCGAGGGAGGUGGUGAACACCAUGCUGGGCGACCCCUCGCUCCUGCGGCCUGACCUCUCCCUGGCCAGGAUGCUGGGGCAGGAGGAACGCAAGCAGCCCAUCCUGGUGUGGGCGGACUAUGGGCGGGAUGUGGGCGAGGAGAUGGUGGCGGCCGCCCAGACCCGCGGGCACGCCGGCAUCACGCGCGUCAUCACGGCGCCGACACGCACCAAGGAGGAGCCCGGCGCGGGGGAGGUGGGGACGCCGCCCCUCGCCGCCAUGUUGGGGACCGUCGUGCAGCAAGGAGGCUGGGUACUCGUGCAGGGCGCUGAUUCACCUGAAGUGCUGCCAACGCUCCUCGGCGCCAUGACUUCCCUCGAGUCCCCAGAUGUCAAGGUACACGAGGACUUCAGGUUGGUGGUGUCCGUCGCGGUGGACAGGGUGGCCCCCACAGACCUCACCCUGCUGGCCCGCCCGCUCUUCGCCCCGCCGUCGCCCACCCUGCCCGCCACCCUCGCCGCCGUCGCCGCCCUCUUCAGCCACCACGACUACUACCAUCACUACCUCGGAAGCGGGUGGCGGCGGGCGGCGUGGCAGGUGGCGGCUACUCACGCCAUCCUCACGGUCAACCGGCAAUGGCAGGGGCGCCCCAUCCUCUCGCCGCGCCCCCCGGCCUCCCUCACGCCCAGGACACAGGUGGCUUGCGAGGAGCGGUCCGUCACCUCCUCCACUGCGUCAGGGGCUGGUGAGGAUGCCGAGGAUGAGGAGGAAGAGGAGGAGGAGGAGAAAGGAGGAGGAGCGGGGCCUCAGAAGAGCCUCAACGGCCACCUGAGCCUGUCGAUGGUGAGCCUGACCCUCGCUAGCCUCGCCAAGCUGUCCCUGCGCUGGCCCCUCGACGACCCCACCCUCGUCGCCUUCCUCGAUGUGGUGUACGGGCGGCGCAGACUGUGGCGGCGGCCGGUGGUCAGCCUGCCGCGGGAGGUGGGUUUGGUGUCGAAGGAGGCGGCCCUCAGCAUCGUGGCCUCACACCUCACCGCCUGCCUCUCAGACCUCCACAACACCACGCUGGACGUGGAGUACCGAGCCUUCCAGGUGGAUUUGAAGGUCAUCGCGGAGGACAUCUUCCCUGAGGAGCCUCACGUGGCAGAGGAGUGAGGCGGCGGAGUGGAGAGUCCUGGUGGAGGGGCCUGAGUAUAGUGAGUCCAGGAACCGAGGCGACUCACAAAAGUUUAGUUACUCAUCCUGACGCUGGAGACAGAAAGAAAUGAGCAUCACCUUGGCGUAGAAAACAUAGCGAAAAUUUGAUGGAGUUGAAACGCAAAAUACCGUGGGCUGAAAAACUUAAACAGACUGUAUAAGACACCAUUAAUAGUUAUGUGUGACGUUGAAAAAAAGACGGGAAGAGGCUAAAAAAGAUGAGACUGGUGUGCUUGAUCAAAUGGAAAACUUAAACAAACAAACAAUUUCUAUACACCGGGAUUGCUUCUGAGUGUGAUGUUUGAAAGAAAAAAAAACGGGAAGAGACUAAAACGUAAAACUCUGAUAUGCUUGAUUAAAUAACAAUACACAUUAGCGAAACGUUGUACUUUAGAUAUCAUAAUAAGUGUUACUGAAUUGACGUCAUAGAUACAUAGAAAAACAUAAAGAUAAACAGCCCCAAGUGAGUCAACGGCUUAUUUGGGUCAUCUUUAGGACAGACGGACGUGAAUGUUACCUGUACGGGCGGGUAAUCAUCGAGGAAGCCAGGUGAGGUGGCAAGGGCAGGCAGGUUAGCACGGCACACCCACCCACCCACACACACACACACACACACACACACACACACCUGAAGGCCGCUAUGCAAGUUAAUUCUCCUCACAAACUGGCCACUUUUGCCUCAUAACCUCGCUCGUUAAGUUGCCGUGUUUACUGCAGCGUUUGUAGCAGCGGGUGUUGAUGGCUGGCUACUGUCCCGCCCCUCCCCUGCCCCCCAAGCCCUGCCAUGCUAACCCUGCAGCCUCCAAUAUUCCUCUCCACCCUUUCCCUGCCGCCCCUGCUCCGUCGUGCCCACCGUAACAUCCGCUUCCCCUUCGCUUCUCACCUCCACUUACAUUCGGCUUCCCAAAACUCCAGCUUACAGUUUCAAGGUCCCCCAGCGUGUUCGGAAGAUUAAUCAUCCUUGAGUGAACCAUCUUUCCCUCAGUAACGCACCUUUCCCUCGGCUGGGGAGUGAGAGGAACAGCCACGCACGCCUCGAGGAAAGACUCGCACCGUUGCCAGGUUAUCGUACUCAGAGCAUAGUAUUUACCGGUUUCUGACGCCUAACUAUUGCCAAGAAACAUCAGGAUCUAACUCUUUUAACGAUAACUAUAAAUGAGUUUCGUUAUUGGAGCCCAGAAAACAGUUUGGGGUUUGGAAGUCGGGAAAUAUAAGCGGUUGAGUACGACAAUCUGGUAACGUUGAAGGAGAGGCGAUGUUAAAGAAUCCGUAAGAUGUUCAGCCAGAAACUAUUGAUGUUAAGCAAAGUUACAUUUACCCCGAGGCCAUCCCUGCCAACUCCCCCCAACGUUAGUUUUCAUUGAUGUAAACUGGUAAACCGAAUUUAUCCUCAGGUGUUUUCUCAAGCAUGCAGAUAUACCCUCGCCCCACCAUGCAAAGCCACUCCCUCCCUCCCCUCCCUUCCCCUCUUCGUAAAUACACUCCUCCCCCUCCUCGGGCCUCCAGAUAUAAACAGUGUCAUAUCUGUGUACCGAAGCGCCACUCGUUGAAGCCAUUGAAUACAUGAUUUGCCACAUGUAUCAUCCACCCCUCUGCGAUACGUGGUGAGGGAGCGAGCCUGUCCACGCCGCCAAGGACAACCUGCCGGUGAGUGGAAGGCCUCAGCAAGAAGACUCAAGCAGAUCGAGUGGGAAGAGGGAAGAGGAGAGAAAGAUGAAGAGCCCCGAGGAAUAUUGAUUAGAGGCUUCACAUGUAAGACGAC